GUGCCGUUGUACUCGGAGCGCGUGCCGUUGUACUCGGAGCGCGUGCUGUUGUAUUCGGAGCGAGUGCCGUUGUAUUCGGAGCGAGUGCCGUUGUACUCGGAGCGACGCGUGCCGUUGUACUCGGAGCGAGUGCCAUUGUACUCGGAGCGAGUGCCGUUGUACUCGGAGCGAGUGCCGUUGAAGUCACCAUCAUGCCAUGUACCAUUGUACCUAGGCGCUGUACGGUUGUACUCGGAGCGCGUGCCGUUGUACUCGGAGCGAGUGCCGUUGUACUCGGAGCGAGUGCCGUUGUAUUCGGAGCGCGUGCCGUUGAACUCGGAGCGCGUGCCGUUGUAUUCGGAGCGAGUGCCGUUCAAGUCAUCAUCAUGCCAU